UCGACCUAUAACAGCCUAAACAGCAUCAUAGCAAGAGUGAUUUUGAGAGAAAACCGAAAGAAAACUUCGAUCAGUAUCUUUCUACGCUUCCUUCUCUUAAAAUCCCAAGUCGAGACGCUUCGGAUCCACGAGCUAGCUAAGACAUAUACAAUUUCUCUGAAUUUGGGGAGUUUCUCGGGCAAGAUUGUUCGUGAAUGACUAUUGCAUCCUGGGGACACUGGGAGUUGUUUGCAUGUGUUGCUGAACCUGUGUUUGAUGUCCAUUGGGAUGUGGUAAACAAGUCUUUUGCGUCUGUGGCAAGACUAGUAUGUUCCUAAGGAAAAAAGAAAAAAGGAAUAAAUAGCUUCAAAAAAAAAAAAAAUUAAUGAAUCGAGCAAAAUAGAUAGCAUCUUAGUUAUGUCAAAGAACUUUAUGUGGAUAUAAGCAUAUUGCAUCUCGUGUUGUUUAACUUCAUUUCUUUCGUAAUCUUUAAAGUUUAUUAGGCUGAAAGGGUUAGAUUGAAAAGAACAGCAAUUUCUUGCUUUAGGUGUCGUUUUUUUGUUGUUGUUGUUGCAUAGGAUCCUGAAAUGGCGGAUGUUAUAGGGGCUGUUUUAGUGGGUCUUGCUUUAGAUGGUGUACUAGAUAAAGCAACUGAAUUGUUCAGUAAAAAUAUAAAACUGUGCAUCAGCUCUCUGCAGUUUAGUAACUUCGUACGGGAUUUCGCAUAUGGAGUAGAUUAUUUAGAAUCUCAGAUCGAAAAGGUAGACGAUCAAAACAAGGAAUUAAAAAAGACGAUACAGAGCGCCAGAGGGCUCCUUGACAAGUGUCGGAGACUUAGUAAUAGUAGGUGGAACGCCAUCAAAAGAUAUAGAUACACCGCGAAGGUCUUUCGAUUAAAUAAAGCUUUUAAAAUUCAUGUAAAGAUCUUGGAGUUGAUGAAUCAGAUGGAGAUCUUGGAAUUGUCAAGGAAAUACCGCGACCAAUUUGGUGAAUCAGCAAACGUUGAGAACGAGAUCUUACAAUUGGAGAGGUAUAUAGCGGUGAUGACCGAGCAAAUUGGUAGUACUACCAUGCGAACGUUAGCUUUUAAGGAUGUUCCUUUGAAUAAUCUAAAUGAUCUGGUACGCAGUCAAAUUAAAAUUGCAAGAUUUAAAGCUGGAAUGGGUGUUCCUUUGAAGGCGAAUCUAAAGGAAGCUGUAAAUGAUACUGAAAUGAAAGCAUCAUCCUUUCACGUUGAACUGGAUGUGCCUAUAAGGGAACUGAAGAAGAAGCUCUUUACGGAUGGGGUGUCAAUGCUUGUUGUAAAUGGUAAUGGAGGUUGCGGGAAAACCAAAGUGGCAAAGCAGUUUUGUCAAGAUGACGAAGUCAAAGAUAAAUUCAAAAUGAAUAUCUUUUUUGUGACGGUUUCAAAAAAUACACCAAUUAUAUCAACAAAUGGGUUCAGAGGCUUGUAUUUUCCAGAACGAUGUAAGUGCAGUUAUGUGGCUAGAACAUUUUCUAAGGGAAGCGGGGCAAAAUCCUUUGUUGUUGGUCUUGGAUGAUGUUUGGCCUGGAUCAGAAUCUCUUCUUCAGAAGCUUGAUGAAUUGAAUAAAAUGCCAAAUUACAAGAUUUUGGUGACCUCAAGAUUUGAAUUUCCCGGAUGCGGCUCUACAUAUUAUUUGAGUUCGUCAAAUAGUAAAGAGCCAAUGGACCUUUUAUAUCAGAAACGGCUCACCACUCCGACUUCAGCUAUUUCUAUAGUCCCAAGGAUGGAGAGGAGAGAGGCGAUGGCUGAUGAUGAGUUACGUGCUGAACUUAAAGCUGAGGUGCAGGCAGUCAAGCGAGACUUGACAAGUAAACUAGAUGGCAUCAACCAACAACUUGUCUACCUCAUACAAAGUAAAGAUGAGAAGGGCCCGGAGCGCACAAAAGAAAUUGAGGUUACACAAGGUUACACAAGACGCAUGGACGUUGAUGCCAUCACUGAAGACUUCAAGGUUACACAAGAACUUCAAAUCCUAGCAACAGAGCAACAAUCAAUGAGGCAGUUUCGGGCAUGGAUCGGUCAUCCAGACGAUGGACGGCGCGACUUAGAAAUCUUCGAAGCAUCAAAGAAAUGGUUGGAAGACUUGAUGACCCCAGGCGUGUGGUUGAGUGACACGCAUGUAGAUGCUUUUUUGUACUUCGUUCGCAAGAAUACACAUCAUUCCCAAUCUACUCAAUCUUGCAUGAUCCUGGAUACCGUGUUUUGGGGUUGGAUGAGUGGGCGAUGGACUUCUUUCCAGAAUAACCCCAACUCCUAUGAGUGGGAUUCAGAUAUUAUGGGCUACCCCCUUGGCAAGUCGCCUCAAUUCACCCGACUAUGGAGUGAAGUUGACUGUUUGUACAUUCCGGUGAACGUUACCAACCAGCACUGGGUAGCUGUAUGUGUAGACUUAAUGAGGAGAAAGUUCACCAUUUACGACUCGAUGCUAUCAGCAAAUCGGGAUGAGUUCAUCUGUGACCUACUGAAUCCCAUUGCCACAAUGUUUCCAUCAUUGCUUAUCCAGUCGGGGUUUUAUAAAAUGAGGCCUGAGUUGUCCCCUCUGAAUACACCGUUUCAGGUUGUACGUCUAGCAGAAAAUAUCCCACAACAAUCGGAAAGCGGAGAUUGCGGAGUGUUCGUGCUUAAAUUUGUGGAGUAUUUGAGCUCCGGGCAGCAAUUAAGUUUCAGACAAGAAGACAUACCGGCAUUUAGGGAGCGAAUGGCCUUCCUAAUGUUUGCCAUGAGUCAUGACAUUGGUGGCAACAUAAAUACACUUGUGACUUAGAAGUGUAAUUUGAUCCUUUCAUUUCUCCUCCACUUACAUCUUUGAGUUUUAGAAGCUGACUAGCAAGAUAGCCCGCGUGAUGCUGCGGGUUUGUUUGCUUGCUAAAAUUCACUCAAUAUUUGCAUGUAGUCUUAAGAAACAUUGAACAUUUACAUACUUUGAAACAGUGCACAUUUACAUAUGCUUGAUAG